AUAAGGGGAGGUGGUUGCUAAGUAUGUUUUGACUUCUCCGGUCGACAUAUUAGGCUUCUACGCGCACUGGCUUGGAUCAGAUAUUGAAGCUUUGACGCACACUGGCUUGGACGACAUAUUGAAGCUUCGACGUGCGCCUGGCCUGCCACUUGGAUCUUGGAUUUGUGAACGGCAAGACGGCACAUCCGGGAGAAGGAAGAAGGAAGGAAGCUACUGAGGCGGUUUCGUAUCCGUCCACACGACACAAAGAGGGCCACCAUCUCCCUUUCUCUAACAAUAGCACACCGCAACGUAGGCCAAGCCCUUGUAUCGCCCGGGAAUAUCCAUUCUUCACCUCAAUCUCCACCUCACAACACGCGAAGAUCAAAACUGCAAGGAGAAAGGAUUCUCAAAAACACCCUCGCUCGCACCACACACCACCAACAAACACCAGCAAUUAUCCAGCAAAUUACCCAGCCAUACCACCCCCUCCGACUCUCCCACGGCGCCGCGCACCUUCAGCGCCCUCCUCGCAUCAAACGCAUAUAUACCAUGACACCCCGCCCUCGCAUGCCCUCGCUCUCCCUACGCCCCAGUCUCCGUUCCCGCGCCUCCUCACAUUCCAACAUGCUUCACGCGCGCUCGCCCGCCUCCCGCCCUCCCUCUCCCGGCGGUAUGGAGCGCUCAUCAUAUUUCAUGACCUCCGCGUCCGCAUCAUUGUCAUCCGCGGAGAUGGCGUGUUAUGGGGCCUGUACCAGCAACCCAUGGAUGAAUAGUCCCGGAAGCGGGUAUUCACCGACAUCUCAGUUACCACCAAAGGACCAGCACCAGCAGUCCACAGAGCAGCAACAGGGACAGACACAGAGCGACCCGCCCAACCGAUCCCACCGCCCCGGCAGCCGCACGCCCACGCCGCUGUCUGCGCGCGGCGGCGCCGAUAUUGGAAGCUACUUCUCCCCCUGGAGCUCCGAGUGCUCGCACACGCCGCCGCUCGGCUCUUGCGGAGCGGACGGCGAGGUUAAGACUCUCGAGCAGGACGGAUUUUUCGCUCAGGGAACUACACAUACUUCCUCCACUUCUACUUCUACCUCCACCGCCUCCACAGCAGCAUCAUCAGCGGUGCCGCAGAUACACCUCCGACACCGACACACACACGCCCAGAACCAGACACGUCCGCACCUCCGCCCACCGCCACCGCAAAGCACAGUAACUUUCCCACUCACCAUGGCUGUGGCGCAGGGGAAAUACCACCCUUCUAACUACCGCCGCAACCCCUCGCCACCGUCUACUUCCUCCGAGCACCCCUCAUCCACCGCCACAAGCUCACCCAUCAUCACCAGGUUGUCCCCACCCUCCGCAUCCCCCCCAACGACAACACAAUCCCCACUGUCCCCCCCAACACAAGCACCAGAUACCCGCCGCCUCCUCCUCCAGUACCAGCGCGAUAUGGUAGAGGCGGCGGCGCGGGCGGCGCACUUGAGUAUUUCGCGCUCGCCGGCGAGUCCGAGGCUGGGGCCGCUGGGGAGUCCGGGGCCGGUGACGCCGUUGGAGUUGGGGGAGGGGAGUUGGGGGGGGUGGUUGGAGCGGAGUUGCUCUGGAGACACUACGAGUCCUGCGGGAAGAGGUGGGAAGGGGGGGGAGGAAGAGAAGGGGGAGGCGUGAGUGGGGAUGGGAAUGCCUUGAUGGGCCUUGAAGUAUUGGGACUCAGACACGGAAUGGCUCGGCUUGCCUGACUCAAGUCGUGGCUACGGCUAUGACGCGGUGAGACGCGGUGAUGACGGGUGAUACGCGGUCGCGAGUCGCGCUCCACGGCACUGCACGGCGCAUGUCCGCUCAUCAUGCAUAUCCGAUGACGAUACACUAUGGAGGUAAUGUUCAAAAGUUUUGUGAGUGGAUCGAACCAUCAUCAUAUCAUGUAUCCAUCACAUAUAAAAUAUGAGGCGAAAUACACUAUCGCGCUACAACUAGCCCUGCUAGUGGCUUUUUUAGGCCCCCCCACUCACAAAACUUAUGAACAUUACCUCCGUACACCGACGAUCCAUUACCCCCCAUUUCUCGACCCGCGCGAACCGGGGGGAAGUUCGUUCGUUUCCUGGUUUGCUAGAUGCGAUGCGAUGGGAUAAGAUGGGAUGGGGUGGGGAAGCAACACCGCACUGCGCAAGGGAUAUCUACAUCCAAGAGAUAGUGGGCGAGAUUUUGGUGUAAAUACCUUGGCUUUUUUUUGCUGGUGUAUUUUCUGGGCUGGGUAUUGGAUGGAUGGGAUAUGAUGCAGAAUGAUAGGGCACAUCAGGACAGGACGGAUGGACGGAUGGGACAGAAUAGAUAGAUAGAUGGAUGGACGUAGGUGAUCAUGCUGGGUUCUCUUCUUGAUGACGGGUGUGGAAUAGUAGUUAGUAGUUAGUUCUCCAC